AUGGCGCUGUCGCUGGCCGCGCUGCGCAUCCUGCUGGGCACUUUCUUCGCGCUCACGGGAGCGGCCAAGCUCUCGCCGAUCGCGGCCCCUGUGUCGCAACAGAUGCGAGCCCUGUUCGUGCGCUUCGCCGAGGUGUUCCCAUUGAGGGUGUUCGGCUACCAGCCAGACCCUGUGAGCUACCAGACAGCAGUGGGCUGGCUGGAGCUGCUGGCAGGCUCGCUGCUGCUCGUGGGCCCACCGCUGCUGCGACACAUCAGUACCAUGUUCCUGAUUUCACUCAUGAUGGGGGCCAUUUUCACUUUGGUGUUUCUGAGAGAAUCCCUGAGCACCUACAUCCCGGCUAUCGUCUGCCUGUGGCUCCUGCUGCUGCUGGAUGUGUGCCAGCUCUUAGCCCAAACUGAGAAGGUGGCCAGACCCCGCAGGAGGAGGAAGACGACACCGCGCGUGCUCAAGGAAUCCUGAGAGUAGAUUCCCUACCAGGUGGUGCCAUGCUGGUCUUACUGCAUGGGCAUGGGGGACAGAAAUGACCUUCAUGCUGCAGAUACACCCAGCACCACUGGUGUGGAAAGAGACAACUUGUCUACCUGGCUCUGUACUGCUGCUCUCUUUAACGGCAGUAUGUAUGUAACAUGUAUGUAUGGAAUACAUGUGACAUAUACUGAAACAUCCCUCAUGUCAUGUGAAAAUAAGAGACAGGCACCCCAAAUUCUGUAGCCCCUGCAUAACCACUUCUGAUGCCUCGGUUUAAGCUGUACCUUUCAACUUUUUUUCUAUGCUUUUUUUAUACAGAUACGUAUUUUUUUAAGGAAAGUGAGACUAUUACCUCCCACCUUAUUACCCAAUUUUGAAAACCUAAUACACCUUGAA